AGUGAACAACUUCCAAAGGUACCGUACUUGGGAGCUACAAUUCUACUGUUGGUUCUGGUGCAUCUGGUCAGGUACCAAACUUGAUGCCUAAGCCUGUUACAACGUCGUUCUUUCCCCGAAGACAAGUCGUUACCUUGGCUAGCCUCUGACUCCCCAGAAGCAGUUCCCACUCCUUCAUCUCUUGAUAUCAACUCCCACUCACACCCGCUGCCUUUCAAUUCCCACCGACCUUUUCUUUACUCAUUUCCCAUCAACCACAGGCAAUCCUUGGUUCUACAUGGUCCAUCUCUGUCUCUGCAACCUGAACAUCUGGUGAUUGUCUACCUGGUCAAUGUCAUACAUGGUAUUGACACCGCCUCACUUCUCUCGUGUGUAAGGCAAAGCGCAUCAGGCAGCCAAACCUGCCUCAUUGGUCCUCGUUAUUCGAUUGGCUCGCGGAUCCAACCAGCCGUGCCGUCUCUUUACGAAGGCUGUGCUUCUAUCAACCUCGACCAAAGUUCCAGACUCCAACCUCGGACCUCCUUCUACCCAUACACGAUUGACGUCUUCUCCGUCGUCGUCAAAAAUCUUGCCUUGGUCUCCAUAUGCAAGUAGAAUGAACUUUGUAUUCUACUAAGGCGACAUUGCCUCACUUUUCCAUACAAGACCGGGACCUUGGUGCUCAUAUACCUAGGCUCUCUCGCUCUGGGUCUUGUCACCUCAUCGUCAAUGGCUGGAAUGCCUGCUUAUAACAAUGGCCGCCGCAAACGCCAGCCACGAAUGGCCAGUCUCAGUAUAUCUCACGCUGGUGGAGCCGCGGCGGGCUACCCAUCGUUUGAUUCAGACCAUGCUUUGACUGAUUUGAAGACGUCUUCGUUCGCUGUCGGGUCCAACCAAGAUCACGACGGCGACAUCUCCUUUCACGAUUCCGCAAAUGAUUCUUAUCUUGACUUGUCAUCGUAUGACCAAGCUGCCCACAGUGACCAUUUGUUUCAGAAAGAUACAACCGACCUGGCCUUGUCGUCCUCCCUUGCCGGAUCUUCUCUCUCUCCUACUCAAUUUGAUAACCUCGGUGGUGCAACCAGUCACCCAUCCCAGCUCUUAGGAAUGGUCUCUAGCGUUACUGGACCCUGGAACCCGUUGAUCUCUCAUCAAGCACGCUCUCCUGCCUCGUCUGUCAACCAAACUGUAGCGUUGCCGCCAUCCACGCCUCAAAAAGCCACCCUUCCUGGAAUCUCCCGGACAAGAUCAAAUGCCAGUGGCCGGAUGUCGUUUCAAGAUUCGACAUACUUCACUAUGCCCAAAAAUUCCAAGCAUGAAGACGAAGCCAUGAGUGACUUUGCUGCGGUCCCUAUGGACCAAAAUUAUACACCUCGGUUAUAUGGGGCCUCCAGUGAGAUGUCCCAACCAUCAGGCCAGAAGAAGCUACCGGAUUUUAUUUCCCCCAGCCAACAAACAACACUACCCUCCUCCCAACAAAUUGGCCAAGAAGGCCUCUUCAGUCAAAUCCGUCUCGCGCCUCGUGAUACUAUGUCUAUAUCCACUUCCCAAGUAUCUCACCACAGCCACCGAAGCUCCAUCUCAGCCCAAAAUCUACACCAGAAUUGGAGUUGCUCUGAGUGUAAUCAUCAAUCUAGGACAAAGUCCGAGUACAAUAAACACAAAGCCCAGCACGAGAGAAAAUUCAGAUGUGAAGAUCCUGGCUGUGAGCGAUCAAAACGUGGCUUCCCCACAUCCAACGACCUGGACCGACAUCUUAAGUCGGUCCACAACAUCAACAACAGAAAAAGCAAGGAUUACAAGUGCUUUGCGAAAGGUUGCACGAAACCCGAUAAGAUCUGGCCACGUGCCGACAAUUUCAGGCACCAUCUCAAAACAAUGCACCCAAACGAGGACCAAGACGACUUGAUCCGAAUGUCUGACACAUGGUUUGAAUCACAACGGCAAGCGUUGCAUGUGUCGUCCGAGACUAGAUCGGUCGGCCAUCCAAGAUCCAUCAAUGAACUAUCAGACCCCUUCGGACUGUUUCAGCAGCGCAAUUUUAUAAACAAUCCCUCAUUCCUAAACAUGCCGAUCGAUCCAUCACUCACUCCCACCGGUCACGGACCAAAUCGUCGAAUUCGACGGUGUUCAACCCCGGAUCCAGUAUCCGGGCUGCAUCGCCUUCACGUGCCACAUACAGGAUUCCAGGCGAAAAAUUUGUCGCAAGGCUUCCCAAUGAAACGCACUCUGUCCCACAUGGAAACUUCGCAACCUGCUGUGACUCAGUACGGACUUAUACGACAAGAUUCAAGCGCGAGCUAUGAACCUCUAGCGGGCGAUUCAUGGGAUUUCAGCAUCUCGGGUUCAAUCCCUGGACCAACUCCUUUGAAUGCUCCUCAGUCACGAUUCAGAGCAUACACCACCCCCAAUCCUGCUCUGGACAUCAAUCGGAUGUUGGACUUUGAUGCAUCUCCAAUCUCUUCAAACAUAGACGUUUUUUCCUCCCGACAGGAUGAAAUUCUUCCCGACUUGAGUGGAAAUGUUGGCGACAUACAACUUCGAAGUCCCAGCAUCAAAGUGCAUCCCCCGGAUGACGAUCAAAAGCAAUUCCAGGCUUGGGGCCAGGUCCUCGAAAACGAUAUUCAGGACUUUUUGAAGAAGUUCACGGCUAGAGCAGACAGUGACAGGUCUUUCAGCCAAGAAGAUUUCGUCAAACGUUUCAGACAAACAUUGCGCUCCUUGGACGACAUGACCAAUGGUGGCAGUUCUUCCGCUUGUCAACCUGGCGCAACCUCAGCUUCAGCACCAUCGAAGCCCACCGCAACCGUGUUUCAAUGUCAUUUCCCGAACUGUGGAAAGACAACCAAGAGACAUAGUGAACUCAAGAAACAUAUUUUACGCCAUCAGAGACGUUUUGGUUGCACCUUUGAUGGCUGUUUCAAAUCCUUCGGGUCUAAGAAUGAUUGGAAAAGACAUGAGCAGAGCCAACAUGAGCAGGAGGAUAGCUGGAGAUGCAACGACCCCGAAUGUGGGAAAGUCUUCUAUCACCAUCAAGAAGCCCUUGUGAAGCAUAUGGCCGAGGAACAUGAAUACUCUGGACGAGAAGAUCAGGCAACCCAAAUCGCCGCAGAAAACCGUGUCAGCAGAAAUUUUCAAGGUCGUAUCUGGUGCGGGUUCUGCAACAAAAUCAUUGUCCUUAAGCCAGAACUGCGAGGCGUUGAGGCUAUCGCCUUCCGGUUUGACCAUAUUGCAACUCAUUUCAAAGGAGAGGACUGGCAAGAUUGGACAGAGUUUAGCGGCCGUGGCAACACAAAGGCACAGAUUCAAGAGAUGAUCAAAGCAAAAGCUUGUUCAACGGCCAAAGACGUGGACAAUAACAACCGCGAUGCCGAAGCCCGUAAUGAUGAUGACCAACAUCAAAGCACCAGGGAUCAGGAAUCACCAUCACCAUCACCACCAUCAUCGGCCUCCUCCCUUUUCUCGUCCCCCUCGCCACAGUCUCAAAGCGAUAUGAAGCCCAAUCAACAAUUGUGUUCUGUUGACGCGAACUCAAAUGUACCUCGUCACUCUCAGUAUUCAGCAGGCGCUGGAUGGGAUCAGCAAAUGCGCGGGACAAUCUCAACGCGUCAACCAAAGACUCUAACGCAAGCUCCGUUGCAAGACCAUAAAACAAACAAAACACCACAUGAUCACAGUCAGAAACGGAGGCCAGGCAAACCUACGGCAGAGUUGGCAGAGUUUAUCGUUUGCUGUCAGUGCUACGUUCCGUAUAAUCUUGCAUUGAGCAAAGUUUGUACCGACUGUAACAAUCAUCGUUGCAACCUCUGUGAACUUGGUAAAGGGCAGCUGGACGUCGACAUGGAAAUGGAAAUGGAAAUGGACAUGAACAUGGACAUGGACAUUUGAUACCGGCAGCUCACCAUCAGGCCACAAUGAGAGGAACGUCUAUUUUUGCUGACAUGUCAGCCAGAUGGCCAAGAGAUGUCCACCUCCAAUACUUUGGGCAGUUGGUCCGAUUGCACAUGGCGGCUCUAAGCAACAGCUUCACAAAGAACAUUUACGUGUCUACACUGGAUAGGCGUUGGCACGAAGUCUGACAAGGAAACAUUCUUAAUCCUGGUCAUCAUCUACCUCUUGCGUGGGGUUUAUGAGGCAUCAGGCACAAGUGCCUCUACUUUUCAUUCGGACAAAGGCGGGGCAUCAAUGCCCCCUUACGCAAAGGAAGUGUCAAAAAGACACCUGUUUCAAUUUUAUCGACAUAGCCUUUCACGUCGAACUUUCGGAAUGUUUACGGAACGUUUUGGUAUUUCAGAGAUUUCUUCAAAGUAACAUCUACUUCAUGCCUCUUUACGACAUGUAUCAACGAGGCGUUGGUAUGGGGAGCUAUAAUUAAUGAAUGCAAUGACGCUUCGCUUAUGGAGGCUAACGAGUUGAUGAUAUCAGGAAGACGUCCGUGGUGGAUCAAGCCACCACAUUGUCCACGUGUCUAUGAAUGUAUUGUCUAAGAAUACAACGUAUCCGAUGAUUUUUAUUGAUCACGUAUUCAAGCCAUGCUCAAGUGACAGGACACGAAGGGCGUCUAGAUUUAUGUGAAGUGGAUUUUCCCAGCCCCUACGGACUCAAACCUCCUUUCCUCUAUAGACCCAUCCACACUGUUCGGGCAAUGCAAUCCACGCCCGGCUUGCGUUUGCUAGGCUUGACGAAUCCCAAAUGACGAAGUUCAGCCAAAC